AACACGCACGCACACACUCCUCCGAAAUCCGAACCACGCGCGUAGCUCGGCGCAGGUUAAGAGAAAAGGCGAUGGACGCAGCUAACGUGCGCGGAGUGCGCAGGUUAAGUACUCUGGUGCGCCAUUUGAUCGUACCCUCGCCACCCUCUUCUUCUUCCUCCUCCUCCACCGAAGCUCCUCCCAUGGCGUCGCAAAACCCUAACGACCUCGUCGCGCCCUCCCCCGCCGCCGCGUUCUCCUCCGUCUUCGCCCACGUCGCUCAGGGUCCGGAGGAUCCGAUCCUCGGGGUAACUGUGGCGUAUAACAAGGAUCCGAGCCCGGUGAAGGUCAACCUGGGUGUUGGAGCUUAUAGAACUGAGGAAGGGAAGCCGCUUGUUCUCAAUGUGGUCAGGAAAGCGGAGCAGAUGCUGGUUAACGAUCCAUCUCGCGUGAAGGAGUACCUACCGAUCACCGGAUUGGCCGAUUUCAACAAGCUGAGCGCCAAACUCAUAUUUGGAGCUGAUAGCCCUGCUAUUCAAGAAAAUAGAGUGGCAACAGUGCAAUGCUUAUCGGGAACUGGUUCUCUAAGAGUUGGUGGGGAGUUUCUUGCAAGGCAUUACCAUGAACGCACCAUUUAUAUUCCCCUGCCUACGUGGGGCAACCAUCCAAAGGUCUUCACGUUAGCAGGCUUGUCGGUAAAGACUUAUCGCUAUUAUGAUCCAGCAACGCGGGGACUGAACUUUCAAGGUCUGAUAGAAGAUCUUGGUGCUGCUCCUUCUGGUGCAAUAGUGCUUCUUCAUGCAUGUGCACAUAACCCUACCGGAGUAGAUCCAACUCCCGAGCAGUGGGAGCAGAUUAGACAGCUUAUCAGAUCAAAAGGGUUGCUACCUUUCUUUGACAGUGCUUAUCAGGGAUUUGCAAGUGGAAGUCUAGAUGCUGAUGCACAGUCAGUUCGCAUUUUUGUUGCUGACGGUGGUGAAUUGCUAACAGCCCAGAGCUAUGCAAAGAACAUGGGCUUGUAUGGGGAACGUGUUGGUGCAUUGAGCAUUGUUUGUAGAAGUGCUGAUGUUGCUGUUAGGGUUGAAAGUCAACUAAAACUUGUGAUUAGACCCAUGUAUUCAAACCCUCCUAUCCAUGGAGCCUCUAUCGUGGCUACCAUUCUUAAAGACAGAGAAACGUACAAUGAGUGGACAAUUGAAUUGAAAGCCAUGGCCGAUCGAAUUAUUAGCAUGCGUCAUCAGCUUUUUGAUGCUUUGAAAGCCAGAGGAACUCCUGGUGAUUGGAGCCACAUAAUCAAGCAGAUCGGUAUGUUUACGUUCACAGGCCUUAACAGUCAGCAAGUGGCCUUCAUGACAAAGGACUUUCACAUCUACAUGACUUCUGAUGGGAGAAUCAGCAUGGCGGGCCUGAGCUCGAAAACUGUGCCCCAUCUGGCAGAUGCUAUUCACGCCGCCGUCACCACCGUAAACUGAUAGGUGAAGAUCUAUGUAUCUGCGGAGUCUUGUUAAGUCUCCUGUUAUUGUAAUAAAUCGAUCUCCUUCAUGAACUGCUAACUGUGAGACAAUUUUGAACUUAAAAACGCAAUUUAAGUUUUUUCUGAGUUAUCUUCAUAAUUA